AUGUCUCUGGCUCGUCGAAUAAUCCUAGGAGCAUUUAAACUGGUUGGGAAUUCCAAAAGACAGAAUGUCCUCUCCGUUCCGACAGUCUGUUUUGCACAAUGUAAUGAUGCUUACACCGAGGCGCAGCGGGUUGGGAAAUCACCAGCGCUGUGUGCCGAUGGGUCUGCAUUUCUUGUAGACGUUGACUUUUGUAACCUUUGCGUUGUAAAGAACUCGGCCGUUAACCUCACGCAAUCUCAGACGACAUAUAUUGUUCCGGAGUUUGAACCAUUUCUAAGCUUCUGCGGGGCCUCGCCCGGAGGCGAGUCUGCGUAUAUUAUGAGCGUUCAAUCGGCAGCCUCAAGCUUGGGACUUUUCAGUACGGCAACACUUUCAACGACAUUGUAUUUGACGAGGAAUGCUUCCGAGAUAGGUUCUAGCACCACAAUUAACAGAUUAAUCUCUCCCCCAACGAGUACUCCUACAAACAUUCCUGUUGUCGAACAGAAGAGACCUACUUGGAUAGCUGGCGCGGUAUUAGGGCCAUUAUUCAUGGUUUGUACGGUUCUCGCAUUUCUUAUGAUAUGGCGUAGAAGACAAAGGCGACCCUAUGUAACUACGACGGAGGAAAAGAAGGAAGAUACACUGGAAGAGAAAGCACAAUUACAUGCGGAUAGCUUGGCGCUGUACGAGCUUCCAAGUGAGAGGUACAACGAGCUUUCAAGUGAACAUCACAGCAUCCAGGCCCUAGAGAUGGAAGCUCUCGAGCCUGUUGGAUCAGAACUAUCUGCAUGGCGGCUAAGUCGUGGUAUGAGAAAUAGCUGA